AUGAAAUCAUUCAUUUUAGUUACGAUCUUCAAUUGUGUGUUGUGUCAAUUAGAGGAAGGAUAUUUAUCACCUGUACCUGAUAAAUGCUUAGGAACAACAGAAAUGCUGUACAAAAAUUGUUGUGUAUUUCCACCUUUCUUCACACGGGAAGUCGCCAAGGAUUGUGGAGGAGUCAUGGAAGUGCUUUUUAUGGACACAAAGCAUAAUGUUACUGGAUACAGGAGACGGGCUUAUGAUUGUGACUACUGGAGGUGUGUCCUAGACAGAUACAGUCUAUUAGAUAGUUACGGCGCUGUAGAUGAUGCCAAAUUUUACGAACAUCUAGAUUUGUGGGUAUCACUAAACCCUGUGUUUUCUGAUGCAAUGGCAGAUGCUAAAGCCUUCUGCAAAGAGACAGUUAGGGCCUACCUACCUCUUGAUCCUUGCGAGUUCUUCCAUCUACAAGGCUGCGUGAGAAAUUAUCUGAAUGUGGAAUGCCCAGUAGUCAUACCAACUAAGGACUGUAACGAAAAGAAAGAGUUCUACAGAGAGUGUAGAGAGUAUUACCAUAGAAAAUAAUAGGAUUACUGAAAAUAAAAUUACUCAUGUUUGUUUUAUUGUUUAAGUGCAAAUGUAAUUUUGAUAGUUGAAAGAGAUAAUC